CCGCAAUGCGCUCGUUGGGUGUCUUGUUUUUAGUUUUUCCCUACAGGCUGUUGCUCCGCGAGUGUGGGUUUGGACGAUUCUGUAUAAUUGGCUGCUUUCUUAACGAUAGACGAUUUUUUUUUAACGGAAUUGUUUUAGUUAAAGAGGCGGUUUCGAUGUGAAACGCAAGACUUGAAAGUAAAGAAAGAAAGCUGAGAAGCGAGGGAGUGAGAACGGAUCAGCCUCACUCGAAGGAAGUUUCUGAGAUGGAAGCAGCUCACAUCAGCCCAGAGCUUCCUGUUCGAUGGGUUGUUUCUGCAGACAGGACUGUUGAGAUCAAGGAGGAAGUGACUGAGCUGGGGUGUGACCAGACCAAUGAGCGGAUCCUGCAGGAGGAAACGCCACCUUCUAGCAUCACUGAGAAAGAAUCCAAAACUGGCCAUUUCCAAUCUGCGAAAGCGGAAGAGACGGAUGUCGCUUGUUUGGGAAGCAAAAGUAAGGCGGCACAAAACAGCAGCUGUCGACCAAUCACAGCUUACGCUCCAGACCUUCCAAAAGAGGCGGAAACAGGGAGAACGUUACCGAAAACAAACGAAGUGCAAAAGAAGACCCGGGUCCGGUUCAGCAGAGAGGAUGAAGACAUCAUCAUGGCAGAGGUGGAGGAGAGAUGGGACGAGCUCUUCGGUGUGCGGAGCCUCUCCCUCGCUCGAGGUGCCAAGGCCCGCAUAUGGCAAGACAUAGCGACACGGGUCUCGGCCUCCUCGAGCGGUGUAAGAGACGGCGAGGACAUCCGCAAAAAAUGGACUUACAGCAAACAGAGCUUAAGAACCAAAGUGGCUGCCCAGCGGACGUCCCCCGCACAGGCUGGCGGGGGAGUUAACACCACGCCGGAACUCACCCCCCUGGAACAACGUCUGCUGGCCCUGAUGGGCCACGAAUGUGUGGGAGGCGUCGAUGCUCCUGAUGUUGGCUUUGGGCCAGAGCCUCCUCUGGAGGAAAGUUCAGGCACCCUGCCACAGACAGAGGACUCAGACACCAUCAGCAACGAGGGCAGCCACGAACACCAGCAAGAGCCCACAGUGCCGUCCACGGCCGCCUCCACUGCCUCCACUUCCAGAUGCAGGGGUCCACCUCCAGGAGACGACCUGGCCCCCAUCCUGGCAAGCAUACUGGACAGACAGGAGCAAACGCUUACAAUGCACAGGGAGGCAAUUGGAAUAUUGCGAUCGUUAGCUGCGGAUGUGCAUAGGUAUGUGGAUCAUGUCAUCUCAACACCUGUACCAACACACGUCCCAGCUCCAAUGAUGAGUAGCAAUAUUUCAGUUGCCUCCAAAUGCACACCAUCCCCUGUUCACUGCACCCCACACACACCAUCCCUAACCACUCCCCAGACCUCUUCGUCACAUUUCCAGCAACCCCACACCAGCACCUACCAGCUCCCACCCCAACACCCCCCCCCAGCUUAUAGGCCCUCCCCACCCCCAGUAUGCCGCUUAUCACCACACGCCCCCCAGUCUGCCCCGUUAGAUCUAUACACACACACUCCCCCUCGCACAUUGCCUGUCCCUUCUCCUGCUCCUGUCAGACUUGUCCAGGGCUGCCAGGAAGACACUGCUCCACUGCCCCAAACCUCUGCCCAGGAGCCUCUGCCUCCACCUGAGGUCAUGCCCUCCAGAAGAGGAAGAGGAAGAGGAAGGGGAAGGGCCAGGACCAGAGGCAGGGGUCGGAGAUGGAGAUGAAGAUGAAGAGGAGGAGGCCCCUAAACAUCUGGAAGACCUCUGCUGAACGGGAAAAUCCCUUUUUUAUAGCAGAAAAUAAUAUUGCAAUUUAAUAAACGUUCUUUUGGUUUACAUUUGUAUUGUUUUUAUGUUUUUUAUGCAUUAUCUUAUUUAAACACACUUAAUUUUUUUUGAUAGCCUAUUUCAAAGUGCAAUGUAAGGCUUAGGACGUGUGGGAAUAUACAGUAUCAUGUAAUCAUUAUUCUGGCACAGCUUGUGCAUAAGAUAUAUUUGUAUAUCUACCUACAUAAAAUGUAAAACUUUGUAAAGAAGAAAACGUGUAGUGCGUGUUUCGUUUGAGGUGCAACAAACUCAACAUAUAUUAUGAUAAUAAUAGGCAUAAUACACAUUGUAACGAACCUCAGUUCCCGCAGGCAGGCGCAUCACACAGGGCGAGGCAAUCCACACACAGACGGAGGGCAGGCGUGAACCCGGGACCCCUCGCACUAAAGCAUAGCGUCGAUACCGCUGUACAAAAGAGCCGGCUC